AUGGCGACCGGUGUCGACGCAAAGCUUCUGAAGUCCACCAAAUUCCCUCCGGAAUUCAAUCGAAAGGUUGACAUGCAAAAAGUCAACCUUCAGCUCACGGGUUUCUUGGAUAAGGAUACGGCGCCAUUCUGCAAGGAACUAUGGAAAUUAUUCUUGAGUGCCCAAACAAGUCCUCAGGGUGUACCCAAGGAACUUCUCGAGGCCAAGAAGCUGGAGUUGAUACAAGAAAAGACCAGAUGGAAGCCGACCGCGCCGCAGACGAGGCACGACGCCGCCGAGGCGAUAUCGACAGGCGUCAACAAGAUGGCCCGGCACCGAGAGAUAGGGAUCGCGGUGAACGCGGACGCGGCCGCGGCGGCGGGGAUAUGUGGCGCGGGCGCAACAAUGAUAGGGACUACGACCAAAGAGGUAGACACGGAGGACGGUUCAGUGGCAACAGGUCGCGCUCACCGGCUGCGAGGAACCGUGAUCAGAGGGACAGAGGCUCAUUCCGUGGGUCUACUAGAGACAGCUAUGUCCCAAGGAAUCGCGGUCCUGGUAGCCGAGUAUCUGGCCGCCGUCGCAACAACACGCGCUCUCUCUCUCCGGCAUCCGCCACCUCACGGUCGCGCAGCCCUGAUCGCAAGCGAGACUCGAGCCGUGGGUCACCUCCGCCCCCCGCCCGACGAACUCGUCGAGAACGCAGUGAAUCUACCCCCAGGCCUACGAGAAAUCGAUCGGUGUCGCCGCGAAGGAGCCAGGGUAAUUAUCGCGAAUCACGAAGGAAAAGGAGAUCUUCACGAAGCCCUUCAACGCCCUCAACAUCGCCUGAUAAACGGGCGGCUGCAAAGCGCCGCAGAUACUCCUCAUCACGGAGUCGUUCACCAGGCCGUGAGAGACGAUCUCGCAGUAGAAGCUCGAACUCAGCCUCAUCUCGAAGUUCUAGAUCCCGCAGCCGUAGCUCUACGCGUCGAACCUCUCGAGGACGUGCAAGUCCGAGAUCUCGAAGCAGUCCCCGACAUCGCCACGCGAGUAGCGUCUCUCGCUCUCCAGACCCCCGCGGCCGCGGAGGAACGGCCCAUGACAUGA